AUGGUAACCUUCGGGGGUCUAGCCGCGCCUCAUGUGGACAAUGGAGGUCAGCUAACGUGGAUUCUAAUCCUCGAAGGUCGGAAGAUCUGGUACUUUCCUCGCAAACCGACUAGCGAUGCUGUCCGGUUGUUGCUGUUAUGGGCUCUCAGUGUCCUCGAGGAUAUGAAGGAGGCUGGCGUCAUGCCUCCCAGUUGUCCACAUGCAGUGUUCACCCCAGAUGACUGCCUUGCCGUUGGUGGCCAUUUCUACACGGCUGCACACCUUGGUUCAACGCUCCGCAAGCAUUCCUGA